UUGCUCUGCCUCGUUCGGGGGUCCACAGCUCUCUCUCUCUUCCCUCGCAUAUGCUCUCGUCGUUCUUCGCUUUUGCGAUUUCGCAGGCCUUCUCCUGCUCUCAUGAAGGCAAUUCCCAACUUCUUCUCUACCUUACCCUCGCUCGCUCACUUUCUCAGAAUUAUCUGAGCGGUGAAGUCUUCGAGUAUUCAAGAGCUACAGGGAAUGAGAUGAGAUGGUGCAUUACGCAUUUCAAGCUGUGAACCGAGGUUACCAUCUCAUGGUGUGAGGGAUUGGUAGUUGCUGGGGUUACUCGACAUCUAAACAUUGAGCUUGUUUGGCUUGGUAGCAGUUCCAGAGGUAGUAGAACAUAGGUUUUGCUCACUAAAGGGAGCAGGUAAUGCGAAGGGUGGGUUAGCAAGAGGGAGUAGUCAUGAGUGCUGCAAGUAACCUUCUCAGGCGGAGAGGCUUGCGAGCUUUGACUUCUGGGUUGAAGCAUCGUCAAAGGGAAUUUAAGUAUCAGGCUUGUGGAAGUCAUCAUGGUCUUCGCGACUUUGGAACUAGCGAGCACUUCACAUCACCACGUUUUCCUCGUGCUCAUAUCCUGGAUCGAAAACCUCGUGGAGCAAGUUUUGCUCACAGGACAUUUGCAACUGACACCGAUAAUGCUCCCAUUCCUCCACAAGCAUCAAGAUUCGGGACUGGGGUGAAGGUCACCGCAGUGGCAAUCACCGUAGCAGCUUUGACAUGGGCAGCUACACAUUAUACUUUGGACGUGAAUCCCGAGCAGCUGCCGAAGUACGUGCCCCAGCCAACCAAAGAGGAGAAGCAGGGAGCGUCAUUUGAAUCAGUUGCCAAAGAAAGUCAGGCACCACAAUCUCCUGUUGUUGAUCAUCAAUCAGAUGUUAAAGAUUCGGAGGUGAUGCCAUCUACAAAGAUAAAGCCUGAAGAGUCUAAUGUGAGGUCUGAAGUGCCUGAGGAAUCUAACGCUAUGCUUCAGGUGAUCAAGGGGUUACCUCUUAAUUUGCCAAAGGUCAAUGAGGAACUUGAGCGCCAAAACCAUGGAAUUGUGGACUCUGAGUUUCAAAUUAAGGAAAUUGAGGAUGUUGAUUCUAGUCCUCAAACGUCUCUUGAGAAUGACGGCUCACAAGGGUCCCAACAGUCCACUGAAGAGAGUUCAAAUGCUGAUAUUGGGGAUGAUAAUUCUAUAAACAUAGCUACUCACGAGUUAAAGGAAGGUGUUGAGCAGUCUCAUCCUCGUAACUCUACCAUUGAGGUUAGCGAAGAUGUGUUACUGCCUCUUCCCUCUGCCUUCUCAAUCGACGUCGUUACUGACGUAAAGGAAGAGGUCGGGCAUCAUCUUCAUGACACUGCUGCCGAUAUAAACCUUGAAACUGCCCGUCCUGACGAAUCUUCUGGUCAGCCAGAUAUUCCGGUUGAUACGAGUGGGCAGCUUUUUGCUAAUACUAACAUAGAAGACCUAGAUCCUGAUGCCUUCAGGAAAGAGAUGCAGGAAACGGCUAAGGGAGAAGAUUUGAAGGAAUUUUCUGAAAAGAUGCUGUACAACCAAACAAGCGACGAUAAAAAUGAAAAAGAGGCAAUCUCCUCUGCAGAUGCUGUGGCUUCUGCGAAUGAUGUUCGGAAUGUUGUUGCAGAGACUGUUGAGGCUGUGACUGGGCGCGCUCAGGUGGGAUUGGAAGCCAAUCAAGAUGUUACGAUUAAAUCACUUCAGCCUGAUAUAUCCGAUGUCCCUGACGUUCUAGUUAUUCCAGGGCUUCUUGAAGCAUACUCUCUAGCAGAUGAGAAAGUAAAAGAGAGUGAAGAACCAAAUGGUGAGGAAUAUGGAUCAGAUAAAUCCUUUACUUAUGCAGGAGCAAUUGAGGAAGCAGAAAGGAGGCAGGCUGAAGCUGAUGCCCAGUUUAGAGAGAUGUUGUUAAGAUUGGAUGAAGAAUAUCAGCAAGAGCUUAGGGAGGCUCGCAAACAGCAAGAAUUGCAGGCUGAGUAUGCUAACAAGCUUAAGAAGGACUUGAGCGUAGAAAAAGUGAGGUGGGAACAGGAAGCUAGAAAACAGUUGCAAGCUGCUGAAGAAAGGCUACGAAAUGAACUAAAGCGCAAGGACGAAGAAGUAAAAAGAGAGUUGGAAACGUUGGAACUUAUUACGCAGGCUAGGGUUAAUGCUGCUGUUGCAUCGGAGAAGGCGAUGCAGUUGAAAGACACAAAGGAGCUGCAGCUUCAGAUUGAGGCUUUGCAUAAGGCAUACAAUGCACAAUCAGAAGGGGCGAGGGUCAGCCACACCACACAUAAGCUUGCAAUGGGGGCAUUUGCUUUUAAAGAUGCAAUGACAAGGGGAGCACCGUUAGAAGAAGAGGUAGCGUUGAUUAAGCAAGCAGCUGGUGGAUAUGAUGAGCUCAUCAACAUUGCACUCCAAUCUUUACCGGAGGAUGCACUUACUAAAGGGACAAAGACCCUGCUCCAGUUAGAACGCGAGUUUUCCAACUUGCAAGGUCCCUUGAGGCAAUUGUCUCUGAUUCCUGAUGGUCAGGGUGGACUUUUGACUCUUGCUGUAGCAUCUGUCGCUGCAGCCAUGAAGGUUCAGGAAGGUAGUGGACGUGAAGGAGUGGAAUCUGUUAUUGCUGCAGUAGAAGAGAGCCUUGCCAAUGGUGAGCUGUCACAAGCUGCCAACAUUCUCGAGCAAGGGGUCAAAGGAUCAAGAGCCGAAGGUUUUAUUUCAGAUUGGGCAAGGAAUGUACGAUGCCGUGCUAUAGCAGAGCAAACGUUGACACUUGUUCAGGCUCAUGCUAUUGCUACAGCUGCAGGUCUUGCGUGAAAGUACCCUAAAUUUAUUUAGUUGAUUCAGCUAGCAAAUUUGUUUGCAGCUGUACAAGAAUUAGGCCUGUAGUGAGCAUUUAUGUUGCAUAAUUAUCUUGUGGAUAUGAUCCUUCGAGUUAAAUGAAGGUAAUACGAGAAGCUUUGCAGCAUGUAGCGAAGCCGAGGCCCAGCACCUUCGUGUGUCAUUUUCUCUUA